ACGUGGAUAUUUUUUCUUGUAGCCGCCAUAUGUAGUCCUCCAUGUUUUCUGUUUUCCAACACUACGGAUAUCAUCGCCGUCGACUACAAAACGUCUGCUGUACAUUCUGUGGUCACUGGAUUAACCAGAGCUGUGGCACUUGAUGUUCAUUUUGAAAAGCGUUACAUUUUCUGGAGUGAUGUUUCUGAGCGGAACAUAAAACGUUCAGGUAUUGACGGGUCCAGUAUCACGACAAUUAUCACCAAUGUUGGUGUUUGCGAUGGAUUGGCAGUUCAAUGGAUAACAUCAGAAUUGUACUGGACUGAUACUACUCAAGAUACGAUAUCCAAAUCUGACCUGUCGGGUAAUAACCAGCAAACAGUGCUAUCCUUGGGACUUAAUAAACCUAGAGAUAUCGCUUUGGAUCCUGAUAAGGGGUGAGUUUCCUCAAGUCUGUUUUUCUUUUGCUCGUCCUGUUUUGUCAACGGCCGCAAUGACUAGAUUAGACCGAUUAUUCGCUUUUAAGUGAACUAUCUUAAGCCUGAAAAAAUUGCAAACAUUUAACGGUAUCGCUGAAACUCAUUGAUAAUUUUGGUGAAAAUAAAUGAAUAAAUAAUAAUAUGAAUAAGAAAUUUGUAUUUCCGCAGUUCACAUCAUCAUUUUAUGUUUCAUUCCUUUUACCGCUGAAGAUGAAGUCAACAAAUUAGCCUGCUCCCAAUGCGUUGGUCUUCAUAACUCAAUUGGUUAGAGUUCUGAAGCGCUUUCAGAGGCCAUGGGUUCGAAUCCCGUUGAAGUCCCGAAAUUUCUUUUUUCCAGUUAAUUUGCAAUUGACCAUUGCAAAUUUAAUUUAAGCAGUUAACCACUACAGAAAAUACCAUAACAUACCAUAAUGCUCUUUGUUUGUCACCCCAGAAUUUUACAUAACCAUUGGUUUCAGUUUCUCUAGGGGCCGUUUUGGCGCCCAAGAGAAACUAAAGACAAUACUUAUGCAAAAUUUUAGGGUGACAAACAAAGAGCAUUAUGGUAUGUUCUGAUAUUUUCUGUAGUGGUUAAUUGCUUAAAUUGCAAUUACCACUUCGACGAUCAUAACUUCAUUUUAGGAGGGAGGGGCCAUCUCUGUUGUUUUCAAGUGUUUGUCUGUGACCGAUUCAUUACUGCCGGUGUGACGUCACAUACUAACGGGCGACAGCUGUUGGGUCGCUUGUGCAAAUUUGCAAGGGACACCAUAGUCAUUCGAACAAAAGAGGUCGGGGAAAAAAAUUAAAAGCUUGGCAAAUAUUGCUAUUUAGUAUCUACUAAAACAGUACUCAAUCAGUGAAUAUCCUGCACUAUUCACUGAUUCACCUCCAGUUCCUCCGAGCGAGCGACGCCAACCUCGCGUAGGUUGCGAGCAAAAUGCUUUCCCGGUUUGCUGCCGCAACAAACUAAGAAAUUUCACAACUAAUCAAGCAAGCUAUUUUCGAAAUACACUUUAUGGGACUCUCAACCUCCAGGGAAAAUCAAAUUGCGCCCCAAUCUAUCACAGUAUUCAUCCUCUUAUCUUAUGGGGGUUUUCUUUUAAGCCCAACUUGUAGUCAUACAUUGAUGAGAAAGCCAAAAGGGCUUGCGCAGCUAGCUAAACAGGCAAACUCUUUUUCUUNAACGGGCGACAGCUGUUGGGUCGCUUGUGCAAAUUUGCAAGGGACACCAUAGUCAUUCGAACAAAAGAGGUCGGGGAAAAAAAUUAAAAGCUUGGCAAAUAUUGCUAUUUAGUAUCUACUAAAACAGUACUCAAUCAGUGAAUAUCCUGCACUAUUCACUGAUUCACCUCCAGUUCCUCCGAGCGAGCGACGCCAACCUCGCGUAGGUUGCGAGCAAAAUGCUUUCCCGGUUUGCUGCCGCAACAAACUAAGAAAUUUCACAACUAAUCAAGCAAGCUAUUUUCGAAAUACACUUUAUGGGACUCUCAACCUCCAGGGAAAAUCAAAUUGCGCCCCAAUCUAUCACAGUAUUCAUCCUCUUAUCUUAUGGGGGUUUUCUUUUAAGCCCAACUUGUAGUCAUACAUUGAUGAGAAAGCCAAAAGGGCUUGCGCAGCUAGCUAAACAGGCAAACUCUUUUUCUUUUUUUUCUGUUUUGAUUUGUUUUUCGUAGUUGAGAUACCUCUGGCUACGACCAUCUCUGACUAUUUUGGUUUUAUAUUCCCAAGCUAAAGUUUGCAUCAAGGGAGCUCUCUCUAUAUAUAUAGCAAAUAAAACAUAUUAAUAUGACUGUUGAAAGGAAAAAAAAAUACUCCGCAAAAAGGAAAUAUUUUGGCAAAGUAGGCUAAAAACUCUGCAACCUACUGGACUGAAUAAACGUAUCCCUAAGUCCAAAACUGAUUGGCACGUGAUUACUAAAUCACUCCCUUUGGUUAUUACUUGGUGUUACGAUGCACGAAUUUGUGCUAAUUAGUAUAUGCACAUGAUGAAACUACUGACACCAGGAAAUGUUGAUAAACCAAUAAGAUGCACGGGCAAAGUUCUUGAUUUGCUAAUCAAACUUAUUGACUGGCCGUGCUACGCUUCCCGAAUACGUAGAAGAUCAUGGAGGGCCGUAGUGUCUCGUACGUUAAGUAUUUAGUUGCAUUUUACGUGCUUAGAACGCCACUGUAUAUUUGAAACAGAAUCGCAAGAUUUACCGAUUUUAUCCCUUUUUGGUCAUCCUUGGAAAUUUCUGAAGGCUCAUUUUUCGAUUAUGAGCAUCAAAUUUCGGUGUCAAGCACGACACCCAAGUGAAAAAUACAGCUAAAUACCCAAAACACAGUUGACGGGAGAGAGGAUUUCAUAAGGGAUACAUCUCACCAAGUGCUGUGAAUGAAACUUAUAAAACACAAACAAUCCCUGAAUUUGCCCAUGCAUUGUUUUUUUAUGAGGGUUUUUUUUUCACCAUUUCCUUACCGUGGGGGGGUCACUGCACGGCUUCAACCUCAGUAGAGUUCACCAACAUUUGACAAAGUACGCGAGUUAAUUGGAAUUAUCGCAAUUUUAAGCGACAUUCUCACCGCUAUAUAGUCGUCGUGGUAUCUUAAACUCCCUGACUUGAGGCACUGCCGGUGGAGAAAAAAAUUACUUCCGGACAUCAUACUAGAACUUUCCUUAGUCUUCUUGCUUAGAGUCCCUGAUUUCAGCUUUCAAUUUGUUAUUUAAAAACCACUUUUGUCUGCCAUAGACGCUGUUUGAAGCUGGUUGAGCUGUAGUUAUCAUGAAUUCAAAGGUACAAAUGAAAAAAUUAAAAUAGCUUAAGCACGUAUUUCGAGGCUAUUUCGCAUUGUUUCAGAAUCAAAAGGCCGACUGAUCGAUGCUCUUAAUAGAACCUCCUAUUCUGGAGACUAGAUAUAGCCAAUUUUAGAGAAAAAAUGAUCAGAAAUAAUUUUUUAUGCACUUGGUGGUCCCGUAACUGAAAGAAGAUGGCGAUCCUGCAAUACGGUCCGCGACACAAAAUUACCAAAAUUACACAAUCACGGACACAAAAUACCAAGACGGUUUAUGGCAAGCAAAUAAAAGCGACAACAAAGCUCACACACUUUAUAGUGAUCAAAUUAGCAAUGUAUAGCAAUUUUUGCCUAGCUCAUUUAAUCUUCUCCCCGACCUCUCUGACCGGUCUUGUUGGAAUGACUAUUGUGUCCCUUGCAAAUUUGGACAAGCGACCCUACGGCUGUCGCCCGUUAGUCACACAUGAGAUGGCCCCUCCUUCUGCUUCAUUUAAAUUUGUAUUUCCGCAGUUCACAUCAUCAUUCUAAUAAUAAUAAUAAUAAUAAUGAUUAUGAUGAUGACGAUGACGAUGAUUAUAACGAUGGUGAUGAUGAUUAUGAUGGUAAUGAUAAUAGUAAAAAGACAACAACUUGUUAAUUCAUUUUUUUCUGUGAUGGUUUAACAUGCAGUAUUUAAGAAAUGGUAAACGUGCAGCGUGCAACCAUGGAGUUAUGGAUGCACGCGGGAGGUUGCUAAGCACGAAAGAAGCGUAAGAGUCGCACGAGGCGAUAGCCGAGUGCGACUCUAGCUUCUUGAGUGCUUAGCAAACCUCCCAAGUGCAUCCAUAACUCCAUGGUUGCACAGCUGCAACGUUUACCAUUUCUUUUAUAACAUAAUCGAAAGAGGAAAACAUUAUUUUCCAUUUGCCUUCAGUUGAGUCAUCGGUUCUAGUUCAUGUAUGCUGCCAUCUGCCCGCGCGUAAACAAAUCACGUUCUAUGUUUUUCAAAAACUUGCCUUUGAGUUUUUCUUUCGCUGAAUCAACCGUUCUCCGUCUUCAGGUAAAUUGCAAAAACGUUUUUCGUUGUUAUUCUGAAUGGCAUCUGUCUACUUGCUCUUAAUAUUAGGGUAAAAACUUUGAGGGAAAACUAUAGCUGCAACUAUAAACAAAAAGACUCUAAAAACUAAGCUAAACCUAAAUAAAUGAAAUAAUUAUCAAGCUUAUUUAUGUGACAAUUUUUGAAAUAAACGUAAAGUAGAAAUGAGAAAAUUUGACCGUAAUUCCUUAAGGAUAAAAGGUAACACUAAUUUCAAAAAGAAAUUAACUAGCUUUGUAUCGAAAUCUGUCUGGGGAAAUCCAGCUAUGAAAGUCAAAGUUGCAACUGAAAUUCGCCGACACACAGCCGGCGCUGAAGCUGUUGUUUUUAGACCGUUCUCUGAACGACUGUUAUGAAUGAACACUGAGGAACAAAAUAAUACACACAGAAUUUAUUUUUUGAAAAAUUUAUUUGAAAACCCAAAUGUUUCUGUACUCAAAUGAAAUUCGCUUAUUCCAGCGUAAUGUGCCCGUUUAAACUCAACUAAAAUUUUUAAUCGAUGCGAUGAAAACUUCACAACAAAGCUGUCUAGAAUUUGAGCGUGUUUCCUAAAAUAUUUGCUUGAAUUUAGCAUCAGCUUGAUCAAAAAGUCAAUAACACAAUGCUAAUUGAUAAAUUUACAUUUCAAAUAGAGUUCUCUUCUAUAAAAAACACACAAAAUGUACCUUAAAUCUUCGCUCGCUCGAUUUUCCUUCAGCCGAUUCUAGCGCGAGGAAAACAGUGAUUCAUUCAUCCAGGGCAAAUUUGUCGCUUGAUCUUUUGUCUUUUUUUCCUUCAAAACGACAGCUUAGUAUUUUUCUUCAACUUCCACUUUUCAUCUGUGCAUUUCAUUGGUGUAUUUUACCGUCAGGAGAGGAGAUUUGUUGAAUUUGCCUAAAUUUUACCGCGCUAGCUCAGUUUCUUGGCGUGCACCCACGGGCAAAUGGUAGUGGCUGACUGACCAAUCAGAGCGCGCGAUUUACUUGUGUUAUGUUAUAAUAUGUACUGGCAGAUGAAUAAUUAUGUCUUCUAUAAAUUGACAGGCUGAUGAUUUGGACAGAUUGGGGUUCCAGCCCUAAAAUCGAAAAAGCAGCCUUAACAGGGAGUCAGAGAGUUGCUAUAGUCACUUCAAACAUCAAAUGGCCGAAUGGGAUCGAGCUUGACAGAUGGAAUAAUCGCAUUUAUUGGGUAGAUGGAGCUGUGGAUCGAAUAGAAUCUGUCGAUUACAAUGGUAAUAACAGGAAACUGCUUGGGCCAAUAACUAAUUUUCAUGGUUUUGGAGUAGCCAUCAUUCCUCCUUUCCUGUUUUUCACUGACUGGGCUUCAAACGGCCAGAUUCACCAAGUUGACGCAAUGACCGGGUACUUUGUUGUCAGCAGAGUCAGCUUCACCGGUAGGCCCAUGGGCAUCGUUGCAUAUGACCGUUCCAGGCAGCCUCCAGGUAAAGUGAAUCGUGUCCCAAACUUACAUUGUAUUCAACCUCGUAUCUUUUGCACUUUAUGGGACUCUCAACCUCCAGGUAAAAUCAAAUUGUGCCCCAAUCUAUCACAGUAUUCAUCCUCUUAUCUUAUGGGGGUUUUCUUUUAAGCCCAACUUGUAGUCAUACAUUGAUGAGAAAGCCAAAAGGGCUUGCGCAGCUAGCUAAACAGGCAAACUCUUUUUCUUUUUUUUUCUGUUUUGAUUUGUUUUUCGUAGUUGAGAUACCUCUGGCUACGACCAUCUCUGACUAUUUUGGUUUUAUAUUCCCAAGCUAAAGUUUGCAUCAAGGGAGCUCUCUCUCUAUAUAUAGCAAAUAAAACAUAUUGAUAUGACUGUUGAACGGGAAAAAAAAUUACUCCGCAAAAAGGAAAUAUUUUGGCAAAGUAGGCUAAAAACUCUGCAACCUACUGGACUGAAUAAACGUAUCCCUAAGUCCAAAACUGAUUGGCACGUGAUUACUAAAUCACUCUCUUUGGUUAUUACUUGGUGUUACGAUGCACGAAUUUAUGCUAAUUAGUAUAUGCACAUGAUGAAACUAUACACCAGGAAACCUAUGAAACCAUGACUCCAUGAUACUUUCAUUAUAUGACAUAGACAUUGGCAUAUACUAAUUAGCAUAAAUUCGUGCACCGUAACACCAAGUUGUAACCCCCUUUAUUACGUCACAGUAAGUUACUCUAAUCAUUUGUUAUUAUACCCGAAGCAGAAACCCCUGAUGAAGGCAGAAGCCGACAAGCGUUGGGUUUCAAUUAAAGCAAUUCAUGUUUGAAGACCAUUCUCUCGAGUGCAAUUUAUAUAUAUGUAUAUAUAUUCGUCUUUUAUAAUUACCAGUGGUAAGGUUUUAGACUUUUACAUAUUACAUUGUUUAAAAGUUCCCAGUUCCCAGUUCCCAGCUAGCAGAGGGUUCUCAAGGCAAGAGUUAAAUGAGAUGAAGGAGAGAGACCUCUGCCGCCCCACGGCGCGUUCUUUCACGUAGCCGCCGACCAUAUUUGUGGUCGAAACUCACUGGUUUUCAAAACCGGUUUCGUUUAAAGUGGAAUGCGCAUGCCUUGUUGAGGCCGUACGCUGGAAAUAUUUGAACCCACGGUUGUGAAUAAGCUAGCUAGAGUUUAUUCCAUUUAUUCGUAUUUCGGAGCACAAUCACUUGAACUGGUACGCCCUUAAACGUUACUGGUUGUUAUAGAAACGCCAGUGUAUGCGUGUAUGUGUAAGCAUUAUUUAUUUAUUUCUAUUUUUUUUGGAGGGGGGUGGGGGGAUGUCUCUCUCUUUCAUUUCAUUUCGCUCCAAACAUUAGACGAUGAAAAAAAAAAAUGAUGAUACGUUGUUAAAAUACAGCCCGCUUUCGGAAAUAUCUGGCGCUGUAUAGUCUGCAACUCUCUUCAUAGCGGACACUGUAAGGGCCUUUAGUUAGUGUCCUUAUUAGCGGGACUUUAUUUCAGUCAAACGCAUGUAAUUUAUUGUUAACUGUGAUUUAGCUGCUGUCCCGUUUUAUCAGGGUGUCCGUUAUAGCGGGGUGUCCGCAAGGCCGGAAAAACCGUUGUUUUCUGGGAUUUAACGCGGUCGCACAGUUAAAUCGCUGAAGGCCGUAAUGAGUAGGCUGAUAAUUUUGCAAGUAUUAGUAACAACCUUUACCACUUAUUGCUUUCUUAGAAGUGUCUUUACUUGCACAUUUAUGUUUUAUUACGAUUUUUUUUAAGUUUCAAGUUCCUGUGCUACAAACAACGGCGGCUGCAGCCAUUUUUGCGUGGUGAAAGCUUCAGCCGGCCACGAGUGCGUCUGUCCUGUUGGUUUGUCAUUGAAGGCAGAUGGAAGGACAUGCAAAAAGAGUAAGUCUCCAGCUACUUUGGCUAUCAGAACAGCUCCUGUUCUCUCUGCAGUAGAAAAUAUUCUUCUCAAUAUGCAUUCGAGUUGUAUUAGAGGUGUUUUCGUCUUCGUCUUCUUCUCCUUCUCCUUCUCCUUCUCCUUCUUCUUCUUCUUCUCCUUCUUCUUCCUCUUCUCCUUCUCCUUCCCCUUUUUCUCCUUCUUCUUCUUCUUCUUCUUCUUCUUCUCCUUCUUCUUCCUCUUCUCCUUCUCCUUCCCCUUUUUCUCCUUCUUCUUCUUCUCCUUCUCCUUCUUCUUCUUCUCCUUCUUCUUCUUCUUCUCCUUCUCCUUCUCCUUCUCCUUCUUCUUCUUCUUCUCCUUCUUCUUCUUCUUCUCCUUCUCCUUCUUCUUCUUCUUCUCCUUCUUCUUCUUCUUCUCCUUCUCCUUCUCCUUCUCCUUCUUCUUCUUCUUCUCCUUCUCCUUCUCCUUCUCCUUCUCCUUCUUCUUCUUCUUCUCCUUCUCCUUCUUCUUCUCCUUCUCCUUCUUCUUCUUCUUCUCCUUCUCCUUCUUCUUCUCCUUCUCCUUCUCCUUCUUCUUCUUCUUCUCCUUCUCCUUCUCCUUCUCCUUCUCCUUCUUCUUCUUCUUCUCCUUCUCCUUCUUCUUCUCCUUCUCCUUCUUCUUCUUCUUCUCCUUCUCCUUCUCCUUCUCCUUCUCCUUCUUCUUCUUCUUCUCCUUCUCCUUCUUCUUCUCCUUCUCCUUCUUCUUCUUCUUCUCCUUCUCCUUCUUCUUCUCCUUCUCCUUCUCCUUCUUCUUCUUCUUCUCCUUCUCCUUCUUCUUCUCCUUCUCCUUCUUCUUCUUCUUCUCCUUCUCCUUCUUCUUCUCCUUCUCCUUCUUCUUCUUCUUCUCCUUCUCCUUCUCCUUCUCCUUCUCCUUCUUCUUCUUCUUCUCCUUCUCCUUCUUCUUCUCCUUCUCCUUCUCCUUCUUCUUCAUCUUCUCCUUCUCCUUCUUCUUCUCCUUCUCCUUCUCCUUCUUCUUCUUCUUCUCCUUCUUCUUCUUCUUCUCCUUCUCCUUCUCCUUCUCCUUCUUCUUCUUCUCCUUCUCCUUCUCCUUCUCCUUCUCCUUCUUCUUCUUCUUCUCCUUCUCCUUCCCCUUUUUCUCCUUCUUCUUCUUCUUCUUCUUCUUCUUCUUCUUCUUCUUCUUCUUCUUCUUCUUCUUUUUCUUUUCCUUAUUCUCCUUCUCCUUCUUCUUCUUCUUAUAGGUAGAUUCAGAUAUCUCUGAUUUCGAAGACCUCCGUCAAAAUCAUUUAAUCUACAGGAUUUAUAGGAGGAAUAGAAGCCCUCAAUAAACCCCUUAGGAGCCCUUGUUAUAAAAUCUUUCAAAUGCAUUCUGACUCCUGAUCUCAGCAAAUAGUAUCUGUAUAACAGGCAAGCCUCCUCGCCCCUUCUCACGGCAAAAAAUCUCCUAUUUUCUGGUAAUUUUACCGACGGUUAAUGUAUUGAAAAUGCCACGUCAGUUCACGAUCCGUUUUCUCAUUUCGGAAUUCGCAAGAAAAACUCGGCGUUCACAUUCCGUUAACACCAGGAGAAUAUGCUGUUUAGUUCAUGUUUUCCAGCACACGGAAAACGAGGUUGAACAAUGCGCUUUCUCUCUUUAAGCGGGAAUUUUACCAAACGGUUAAUAUAAGGAAAACAUGGCGUCCGUGACUCGUUUUCUCACUUCAGAAAAGACAAGGACAACUUGGCAUUCACCAUCAGUUAACAGGGGGAAAAUAUGCUGAUUAUCCAGGGCGUGGAAAACGGGGUUGAACAGUUCGUUUUCUCUCGUUAAACAAAACUUUAACCAAACGGUUAAUGUCGUGAAAAUUUCAUGUUCCUGACUCCUUCUCCGACUUUGGAUAACACAAGGAAAACUCCCGGGAAAACUCAAUAUUCACCGGCGGUAACACCAGAAAAACAUGUCGUUCAUUUCACGUUUUCUAGCACAUGGCAAACGCGAUUCAACAGGGCGUUUUGCAACUCAUUUUACCAUCGUCAUCAGCAACAUGUAAACAGGCCGUUGACCGCCAUGUUUUAUUUGGGUCCAAACAUUUUCCUGCCAAGAAUUCUCUUGGAUCCACCUCUGGUACCUUUAUUAACUAGUAAGUCUUAGGAACAGCGAUGUCUUGUACAUGUUCAAAAGUAACAUACAGAAGGACGAGCGUGCACUAGGGGAGGUCUUGGAAAGAAAUACGGUAUUAUUGUUUGAAUAAAACAAUGUAUUUUAAUGAAAACAAGAACUAUCGAAUUUGCUAUUUUCAGUGAUUAUGUACGAAAAAAUAUGAGAAUAGGAGAUAAAGCAGGGAAAAGGACACAGAGAAACAAAAUCAUAAUUUCUUUGAGGCUCGAUAACGUCAAAAAACAAAAAGAUGUCAACCCUAAGAAAAUUAAGGUGACAGGUUACUCGUGACUUGCCUAAAGACCUUGGCUGACUCCCUUUUCCUUUGUUCUUAAAGUAGUUCGUCGGGUUUUGAAAUGCAAAUAAACAUUUAACAUGACGACUUAACAAACAGUCGAAAAAUGACAUCGCAACUUGAUUGACCAAUCAGGUCAAUAACUGGAGUUUAAUACCAUCCCAACUGGCGUAAUACAACUCACUUUGACUCCGCUGAAGAUUACUACCGCACAGGUUGUAGAAAAUUCAGACACUGUCAAAAACAGUCCUAUUAAGGUGACUCGACCCAGUUUUUUAGGGGGGUACCAUCCUACUUUGAAGCUCUCUGGUAUCCCCACCGUGACUUUUAUCGUAAGUCUAACACAUAGAAUGGAUAACAUAUAGAUCAAUCUACAAUAUAACAUAAAAUUUUUGGCGAUCGGAGUAAAUGUCACGUGGUUAUAAUGCCACGCCCCUUUGAGGCAUUUAUAACCACGUGACAUUACUCCGAUCGCCAAAAAUUUUAUGUUAUAUUGUAGAUUGAUCUAUAUGUUAUCCAUUUUAUGUGUUAGACUUACGAUAAAAGUAAAGGUGGGGAUACCAGAGAGCUUCAAAGUAGGAUGGUACCCCUCCAAAAAAACUGGGUCUAGUCACCUUAAGGACUACGAUAACCCGGACGAUAAUGCUUCACCUACUUAUAAAAACUUUAACUUGUGUUACCCUUUGCAGAAAUGGAUAAAUUCCUCAUUUUUACUGACGCCGAUGCCAUGUUUACUGACAUUGUUUCGUUGGAUGUGAACUAUUUUGUUGCAAGGCGUGUGUUCUGGCUUCUUGGAAAUCAACGCCCAAUUGCUGUGGAUUACGACCCUGUUGAGGACAGUGUAUACUGGACUGAUGUUGCACAAGGACGAAUUAUCAGCAUUGUCUCUAAUGAGACUUCACUGAAGUUCACGGUUCUUUUUCGCUGCAAUGUAAAAGUACCAGAUGGCCUGGCCAUUGACCACGUGGGGCGAAAUAUUUACUGGACAGACACAGGAACAAACCGUAUUGAGGUAGCUCGGCUGGAUGGGACGAGCAGGAAAUUGUUGAUCAAAGAUGGGCUCGAUGAACCCAGGGCAAUUGUACUUGAUGAAAGGAAUGGGUGAGCUAUAAAUCGAAAAAGAGUAACACGAUAUAGCUGGUCUCUCUUGCAGCCGUUUUUGUCUCGUCACGCAACGCUCUUCAAUACGAAAACUUAAAGGGGCUAUGUCACGAGGGAAGGAGCGUUGCGUGACAAGAGAAACACGGUUGCAAGGAAGACUAGAAAGUAUACGGCUGUACUUAAAUUUUUCUUUUAGUUAAAGCUAAGUGAUCUUAGCUUAUUCACAGGGCGAGGUUCAUGAGAUGUCAAAAUUAGCGUUAUCGAAAAAUGUAGAUCUAUAAACCUGGUAGUUCUAUGGUUUCCGGAAAACUAAAAUUAAAGCUUGUUAAUUUUUGGUUUGUACUAAUAAAGAACGAUGUAUUGGACUGACUGGGGAUCUAACCCAAUGAUUGAGCAAGCAGCCAUGGACGGCUCGUCAAGACAAACCAUUGUAACAGGAAACCUUGGUUGGCCGAAUGGAUUAACUGUUGAUCCAACUGCAAACCUCCUGUACUGGGCUGAUGCUAAACUGGACAAAAUUGAGGUUUCUAACCUCAACGGUGGCAAUAGAAGAGUGAUUAUGUCAUCUUCAGCAGACAUUCACCCAUUUGGCUUGACGGUGUAUAAGAGCAUUUUGUACUGGACCGACUGGAACAGUAAAAGCAUUUCGCGGUACGAUUUAAACCGUGGGAAGACGGAAUUAAUCAUUCAAGGUCUUCAAAAGCCAAUGGAUAUUCACCUGUACGAUUCAUCUCGUGUAUUUUCAGGUAAAUCGGUUUUUACUUAAGAAAACGCGUCACGAGCAACUAUUGUAAUUAAACGGUACCUCUUACUACUUUAAACGUUAUUUACGAUUUUUAUCAAUGAGAGAAUGGUGAAGGCUCGAUUUCCGGCGCUCUCCUACAGAAAAUGAAGGAGUCAAACUUUAUUUACGUAUCCGUUCUGAAUUCUUUUCCUUUUUACAGUGCGGGCACUCAACCAGGACACUUGGAACAAGAUUGUCUAAUCACAAAGCCCAAAAUUCGCUAAAAACAAAAGAUUCUCAAUUUUUUGUUUGCUUGUUUGUUUGUUUGUUUGUUUUGCAAACUGACCAAUAACAUUUAUUUAUUUAAAGUUUUCAACGGUUACGAAGUGGGAACCUUGAAUUUAAUUGGUCCAUUUGCAAAAAAAGACCUUGAGAAUUUUUUGUUUUCAGAAAACGUUGUGAUUAAACCGUCGUCUUCAAAGUGUCCCGGUUUGAGUGUCAGCACUGUAAAUAUUUUAUUAGGCAAACGAAAAAUAACAACAAAAAGCAAACACAGUUUGACUCCUUAAGUAGUGCAUUAAUGAGCAGAAAAGGUUGAUUGUGCAUUAAUAAUUACAAAAACUGAAAAUAUGUUUAAAAAAUGAUUGUACCGGGUACAUAAACAGCUGGUUUUAAUUCUGUAGUAACUAAUUGACUCUAACUUUACCAGGGUCUCAUCCGUGUGCUAUCAACAAUGGAAAUUGCAGUGACUUGUGCUUGCUUACGCCGCAAGGAGGUCACCAGUGCGCAUGUCCAACAGGAGUGGUACUCAAACCUGAUGGGAAAAACUGCAAUUAUGGUAAGAGAAUAUGAUUGGUUGUGGUAGAGCGCCUAUAGCACAUAUUUCCUCAUUUUUAUAGGAAAGAAAUAUUCAUGAAUAUUCUGAAAAUUUCAGGAUACGAAUUCUCUUGUGAUUGUCUGACCAUUUCUUCUUUUUUCAGAUUUUUUUUGGGAACUUAGCUCCGACAGGUUUAUGCUUUUUGCUGAAGCAAAUAGCGGAGAAAUUUACAAAGUUCCCCUGGCUGUACCAGACACUCCUUGCUCUCCUCUGGGGAUCAAAACCAACAUAUCCAGACCAGUUGCAGUUGAUUAUGAUCCGAUUGAGGGCAUGGUCUACUGGACUGACGUGACAUUGCAGCAAAUCGUUAGAUCGUAUCCCAAUGGUUCGGAUCUUAAAGUAAUAGCGGAACGUAAUGUGCAAAAUCCUGAUGGAAUAGCAGUUGACUGGAUUGGACGGAUUGUUUAUUGGACUGAUUAUCGAACUAGUAAGAUUGAAGUGUCACGAUUGGACGGAUCAUACAGAUUUAGCCUCAUAACAUCUGGUUUGGACAAUCCUAGAGCUGUGAUCCUUGACAUCGAUGCUAGGUAAUCAAGAUCAAAUAAUGGAGAAUACAACUUAAAAGAUAUACUUGCGUCAAUGGAAACAUGUUCAAAAAUUUUCCGGUUUUUCUGAGGAAGCAGUUGUAACUUGUAUGGAACUCUGUCUGUUUUGUUCCCUUGUCUUGUUAGGGCUUCGCUAUUUUUUUAUCCGAAAAUCUUUUUGACUUAAGCCCCUAUAGGCCUCAUAAAAUAGCAAAGGCUGUUCUUGCAUGUGAAAGUCAUAAUUCUAACAAACUUACAACAAAUUUUUACAGUAGCGGCUAUUAAAUAUUGAAUCCUAAAGAACAAACCUUAAUAUAAACAGACAUAGAUGACAGAUAACCUAGUUAAUUUUAAUCAAAAUGGCGGAUGAACCCUUAAAUACCCUUAACUUCAAAAACGCGUGACUAACGGCCGCAGAAAUCACCAUAAGAUAAUGACUUGUUUCCCAACGUCCUUUUAAGACAUGUUCCCUUUAUUCUUUAUCUCUCUUUUGACCUCUCUGGUCUGUCUUGAUUUUUAUUUUAGAAAGAUGUAUUGGAGCGACUGGGGAGCCUCACCAAAGAUCGAACAAGCAAACAUGGAUGGCACAGCAAGGACCGUUCUGGUUAGUUCCGGUUUGUCAUGGGUGAACUCACUCGCUUUGGACUUCAAAAAUAGGCUGCUCUACUGGUGUGAUGCAAAACUCGACAAAAUUGAAAGAGUGGACUUUCAAGGGAAUAACCGCGUGCUAAUACUGGAUUUGUCGUCUAAUAAGGAUAGUUAUCAUCCUUUCGGACUCGCCUUAUUCGAGGAUACGCUGUUUUGGACAGACUGGAUUAAAAAAAGUGUUCAUAGCUAUAAUAUGACGUCUUCCCUCACUGAUGUUCUGGUCCAAGGAAUGGGAAGACCCAUGGAAAUCCACAUAUAUGACAAAAGUAGCACAACUUCGGGUGGGUGUCCCUUAGAAAUUUUGCUGUUUUCACUAUUUUACAAAGACAAAACCACGAAUAAUUCACAGUCCAUUCAGCAACAAAUACCAUUUCUAACAAUUUAGUCAACUCAGUGAAGAUAGCACCUUUUCAAUAAUAUUAGCUGCAUUACGUACCCUGGUAAAAGAAGCGUCAUUAAAAACGGUAAAUCUCGUCUCAAAGACUUUGCGAUAUUUUUUCCAGUUUUGACGAUUGACGGUUAAAUUUUACAGCGCUUUUGACGGUUCACGAUUAUUAAGUGGAAAUGUAGUCUAAAAGUUGAAGUAAAUAGUAACUUCUGUAUGAAUUGAUAUUAACUUUUGUGUUUUGAAGGUUGUCUUGGCCUUUCACUUAUAAAAUUUGGAAAUAUUUUCAGAUAUAAGCAGAUUGCAAAGUAUUGUAAUAUCUAGGAAAAGUGUUUUUGAGAACAUGUGAACUUGUUUUUCUAGUUUGGAGAUUCUUCAGGAGCCAGAAUCCAGGGAAGAUCAGCCGAAAGAGUGAUAUCUGAAAUACCUUAAACCUUAAUUAAUCUGCAUUUUUGACGGUUGACGGUAAAAAUGACUUUUUUAACGGUUGGUCGUUAAUUUUUAGGCUGUUUGACGGCUGACGGUUAAAGCUAUUGAGACCCUCUCAGAGCGAUAUAUUUUUUCAUCUCUCUUAUAGUAUCGUCCUCUACUUCGUAAGAGGGAAGUAGUGAAGAAAUUUUGCAAAAAAAAAUCGUUGAGAGUUUCUCUUUGCCAGAAUAUAGUUUGUAGAGGGGACCCCGGUAUUAACUAUAGCCAGAAAGUUGACGUUUGCCAUGUCCAAGAGCGAAACCAAACGUUCUGUUCAUUGUUAAAACUACAAGCUGGGUCAGCGACCUUUGUUUUGUAUUUACCCUGAAUAUUCACGCCUGUUUGCAUCUUGCAUUCACACAGGAACUACCCACUGUUCUCAUUUGAAUGGAGGCUGCAGUCACAUUUGCCUGCCAAACCCAAACGGUCAUCAGUGUUUCUGUCCGGAUGGGGUACAAUUGAAACCUGGUGACUCGUCGACAUGUCAAGGAGGUAAGAAUGACCCCAAAAAAGACUAGUGUUUUUUAGGGGUUUUUUUUGUUUCUUUUUCUUUUUCCUUUUCUUUUUUUGCGCAAUCCCCUAGCAGCUCUGAUCUGUGCUUAAAACACCGUGAUAGACUUAGUUAACAUGCAGUUUAUCUUAGGUGCAUCAGGGGCUAUGUUCAUUUAAUACUACUGUGGGGGUGUGUUCGAGCAACUCGCUCGCUACACGACGAGGUACCAGGAAUCUGAUUUACAUCUUGGCCUUUAUUCUUCUUAAUCUUCUUACAACUUCUGCUUACUCUACUUCUCCCUACUUUUCCUACUCUCUACUAACUUCUACUAGUUCAAGCAUAGUAGCGGUUUUUAAUAGCCAAAGCUGGACAUGUUUAGGUUAGCUGAUCGGAAGAGUGUCUAUUGUAUUUCUUAUCGCACACACUGCAAUAGGUUUGCUAUUGUCAGGGAAUAGAUCAGCCUACGCACAGCCGCAGCUGAUAAUUACCAAAGAACGAAGGUCAGCUCGAACACCACAAACACGACCACCUGUAACAUUCCUAAUAUGGCAACAAGUAAAUUCGCGAGCUAAGUAUAACUUCAAGUACAAGUAAAAACAAAAGAUCAAAACAGGAAAACAGUACGUGGACAAAAACAAAGACUUAAUGAAGCAAAAACUAAACUCAAAAGUUAAGAUAGAUCUGUCUUAAAAAUAACUUUCAAAAUACUUCACAACACUACCACAGUGGGAGUUAUAUUGAAAGUGUCGUUCUUUCUAAUCUCGGUUUCCUGUUUUCAUGUGAUUGCACGCUUUUAAAGUAAUAAGAAAACUUAAAGCUUGUUGCCUGCUGACCAUUCUGUAAAAUUGAGAGUUCAGAAUCGUAUUCCACUUUUUCUUGAAAGCAUGCUGGAAUAUUAUUAGUCUGGAUAUUACAAGGUAUACAGUGUUUUCAUGUCUCACACGUUGGGAAGCGCACCCAGUACUCAGAAAAGAGGGUCCUCGAUCACAGGUGAUGAAAGUAGGAGACUGGAAUGCUCUUUGGAGUUGGAAUUUAAUAAAGCGUUCUCCUUUCUUCAUUAAAUAGUGAACCGCUGUCCUCAACUGUUUACACCUGUGCAUGGUAGUUUGUUGCCUUGUUCUAAUUUGCCGGGGCAAUCCUGUGUAUUCUCAUGUGACCAGGGAUAUUUGCUGAGCGGUGCAAGCACCAGGACUUGCCAAGGCGAUGGUAGUUGGACUGGAGUACAAACACAGUGCACUGGUAAGUCGAGGUAACAUAGUUUACAGAGCAGAAGGUAAAGACCUGGUAACGACCAGCUGAAAUCUUGAAUCCCCGCAACUUAGUCUGUUCUAAAGUAGGUUGUGUUUGAUCGUCCGAAUGAACGUAGUCCUAAAUAGGACUGUUGGCGUUGACAGUGACUGACGUUUCUACGACCUGUGCGGUAGUCAUCUUCAGAGUCAAAGUGAGUUGUAUCACGGUUGAUGGUAUUAUACUCUGGUUGUUGAUCUGAUUGGUCAAUUACGUCGCGAUGUUAUUGGUCGUCUGUCAGUUAAGCCGUGACACAUACCGACCGAUUACUAGACCAGUCCCGAUCUCUCACAAGGCUACUACUAUCCGGACUUUGACGAGACGAGCGCAACUAGUUUGCGACUCGCCUGACAGCCUACAAGACGAGACUGGUUAUCUUAACAACGUUUUUAGUAAGAACAAUUACAACGCGAACUUUGUUAGACGGAACACUCACAGUAACGUUGAUUCAAACACUCAGACCAACGUCAACUCUGGUCCUGUUACGAAAGUGACUAUACCGUACAUCAGGGGCACAUCUGAAACUAUCGCACGUAUAUUACAACCUUACAAUAUACGUGUUGCACACAAACCGAUAACCACUUUACGACGACUACUUACUAAUGUCAAGGACAAAGACAAACCCGAGGACAGACAGGGAGCAGUGUCCAAGAUCAAAUGCUGCGACUGCCAGGCUUCUUACAUUGCUGAAACUGGCAGAAACCUUAGCACGUAUUCUACAGACUACUAUCAAUGUCUUACUUUAGAAAGCUGGCUUACUAACUUAGAACAAACGCCACUGAAUUGUAGCCAACAAUUACCAGCACCGUACAAACGACUUGUUGACGAGAUCAAGCAAAACUGACUACGAAAGAAAGACCGGAGAACUGACAAUUUGAUUAACAAUAGACGACUGUUUAACUGUGACAAUAGACGGAUCGAAACGCACCAAUUACGGGUCUUCGUAGCCAAUAACAUCACGGCUUAACUGACAGACGACCAAUAACAUCGCGACAUAAUUGACCAAUCAGAUCAACAACCAGAGUAUAAUACCAUCAACCGUGAUACAACUCACGUUGACUCUGAAGAUGACUACCGCACAGGUUGUCGAAACGUCAGUCACUGUCAACAACAACUGUCCUGUUCAGGACUACGUUUACCCGGACGGACAAACACAACCUACUUUUGAAAUGACUCCUGGGUUCAAGCCUUUCACAGUUUUAGUCUGUGUCUCCCGCGUUUCUCUAGCUUGGCUAAGAGGUAAUAGAGAUGACUGCUUCGCAGGCCCCUGGGAAUGGGACGGGGGUACUGCCAUGUAUGGGCUAUAUGGGUAUGUGCUGCUGUGAAGGGCAUGGUUUUCAAGCAGUUUACUCUGGGAUAGGGUACAUUAAUCAGGAAGUUUGGGUCUAGAAUAGGGUAUCGUUUAUAGUCAGGUGGCUAAAGACUCAGAUCUAUACAGAGUGGACAAAAGCACCAAACUUUGCAUGGUUGUAGCUUAGGGCAUGUUAGUCAAUAUAAGGAUCGGUGCCCACAGCUACCUCUUCGGGAUUUGCAGCAACUGCUCGCUGAAGUUCUUCAACAGCCUUCCAUGAUGGGUGGCCUGUGCCGAAAAUUGCAAUCAGUUGUUUUUUGCCAUUUUUUGAUGAAAAUCACAUAAAAAGGGAAGUAGAUGGAAAAAGAAACUGUAUUAACACUAUUAUUAUUGAAACCAAUGACUAAAACAAGUCAACUUAAUUAUACAGCAAUUAUGAUAUACCAUGGUGGAUAUCCUGUGCUACAAAUAUCAAUUCCUUGAUUUUUGGCAUUAUUUUGAUGAAAAUCACAUGAAAGACAAGAAAAUAAAAAAAGAAAUUGUAUUAUUAUUGAAACCAAUGACAAAAACAAAUCAACUAAAUGGAAAAUUCAAGGAAGAUGUUUUCAGACGUGUCCCAAAUAGCCUUUCAAGAUGGCGGCUUGAAGGUGUCUUUUCAUGGACUGUAAGUAUCUCCUAGAAUAAAUUGCCGUUUUUUAGGGUAAAUUGUGCACAAUUUGAAUCACGACUGGUUUAAGUGAAGUUUUCAGCUCUUCUUGGGGAUAAAUUUGUUAUCGAAAGCUACAUUUUCGCUUCAUAUUUUGUGCUGAUUAUGAAUGACUAUACUUAGUUUAUUGACUUACUGGUUAGUUAAAGGUUUCUGAAGCUGAGAUGUUUUCUACGCACCAGGAUGGAUAUUAACUGGGAUCGUUGUCAUAUUUGCCAAGAAUCAACAAAAGAAGAUUUGAGAAGCCCACUGGUUUAACGGUACAAGCAUUAAUUUAUAGAACGCUCCUUGAAAAUGUACUAAAAAGGCUGAAGUGCGAAAUAGGCAUACAUGUCAGAGAAACGCAAGAAGAAAAGUGGAGCAGCUUGGAAGGUCGAGGAAGACGAGAAAUUAAAUAAAUCAAGAGCAUUUGUUGAACUCACUGAGUACAGAGCAAAUGCAGUGGACAAUGAUACACGUUUCUUUAUACUUGCCGAACUUCAUAUUAAGCUGUAUUCGUUACAAACAGAGGCACACACAUUGCAGUCCCGCUUUAGUGUCAGUCUUACAAGCUCGUUUGGUGCCACAAUCUCCAACUGGCUGUUUCUGAUCUGCUUCAACAUGCGUUUUUCUCUUUUCUAGUUUGCUUUUUCUAACUUGGACGUAAGGUGACAGGAUUGAUGCCACUUUGCACUUCAGUAACGUGUUUACUACUGUAGUGAUUUCAAUAUGAAACUUAAUGGACCUUGUCACGGUUUUCGACGCCAUCUUGACGAGUAGGCAAACAAGUGAGAAAUUACAGUGUUUGUAUGAGAAUCUAAUGUCGAAUAAUUUCCGUAGAACAGCUGUUCUGAAAAAAAAUACGAUUUGUAAACUAAAGCUUCACUCCUAAGGAUUCUCCUGAAAAAAUUUGAGGGCGUUACAUGCCCUAGAAGACCUAGAACCACUUUUUAAAAUUUUCUAUACAUUUGUCUGUAAGAAAGUCCCGGGAAAAUUACAGACAAAUAUAUGGAAAAGCUAAAGCAAGCCUCUGGAGAAAUUUAAGCACAGGUACGCCCCCCAAAUUUUUUAGAACAAUCCUUUGCUUUGUAGCUUUAGUUUACAAUUGAUAUUUUUUUCAGAACAGCCGUUUUACAGAAAUUAUUCUACAUUGGAUUCUCAUACAAACACUGCAAUUUCUCACGUGUUUGCCUACUCAUCAAGAUGGCGUCGAAAACCGUAACAAGGUCUAUUGCAACAAGACGGCACAGUCCUCUUUCUUGAAUUCUAGUAGAUUGUCAAGGAGCGGUCUAUAAAUAAUUGUUCCGUUAAAUCAAUGGGUUUCUCAGAUCCUCUCUUUUCGAUUCUCACCCUAGGUAAAUAUGACAACGAUCCCAACUGAAUUCCAUCUUGGUGUGUAGAAACUAGUUUUAACUCAAUCAUGAUAACACUGAAAUCAUGCUUAUCUUGUCGAUGUACCGUACUCGUCCACCCUUUAGCGACGUCAUUAUGGGUAAUGCAAGGCUAAGAACCACCACCAACAAAGCCUGGGAGUAGUAUUUGAUGACAACUUGCUGUUUGACGCACACAUCUCAGCAUUCUUUUGCAGAUUAUCGUUUCACCAACUCAGGAAUUUAUCAAAGAUAAGAAAGUGUCUCACACAGGAGUCUAGCGAAAUUGCAGUGCAUGUUUUUAUUACAUCUAAAACAGACUAUAAAUUGCAAUUCUUUGCUCUAUGGUUGUAGGAAAAUGCACUUGAAGGAACUUUUGAUAAUAUGUUCAGAACACUGCCCCUAGGAUCGUUACUCGGACUCGUAAACUUUGCGAACACAUCAUUUAUUUGACCUUCACUGGCUUCCUGUUAUCAUGUUGUUUUUAAACUUAUUUUGUCAGUUUUCAAAUCACUUAAUACCCUUCCACCUAGCUAUCUAGCGGACAGUUAUCGAAGGCCUUCCAGGAACUUGUGGUCCGCAUCUCAGCAGCUCUUAGAACAACCUCGAAAACUCACGGGGAAAAGACUUUUUCAGUGUGCCCCCCUAAACUGUGGAACUCACUACCAUUAGCUAGAUUUUCACAAGUCACCAUCUUUAGCCAGUUGAAACGAAGGACUGAGAACAUAUCUUUUUACGCAAUUUUUAGAGAGUAAGUCAGUACUUUUGUAAAUAUCUGCAGAUCAUAUACCUAUACUUAUAGAAUGUAUAUUUAGUUUUUUGCACGACUUAUUAUCAUUAUAUAUAAACUUUAAAGGCAAAAUAAUUUUAGAACAGAUGAAUUCUUGUUUCCUUCUCUUGUUCUUUGUGAAUUGCAAAUAGAUUUUAAUACAUGUUACUUCAUGCUCGAGAUAUAAUUUUUUUUCCUCUUUAACAUUGUAAAACACCAUGUGCUCAGGAUAUGGGCGUUCUAGAAAGAAGCUAUUUUUACUAUUAUUAAUUUUAACCAGUACGAAAAUAAACUCAGUAUAGUCAUUCAUAAUCGGCACAAAAUGUGAAGAGAAAAUGUGGUUUUCGAUAACAAAUUUAUCACCAAGAAGAACUUAAAAUUCACUUAAACCUGUGGUGAUUCAAAUUGUAUACAAUUUCCCCUAAAAAAUGGCAAUUUAUUCUAGUAGAUACUUACAGUACAUGAAAAAUAAUAAUAAUAAUAAUGGCAAAAAAAAGGAAUUGAUUUUUUUGCACAGGGCACCCACCAUGUACGUCAUAAUUGCUAUAUCAUUAAGUUCACUUGUUUUAGUCAUUGGUUUCAAUAAUAAUAGUGUUAAUACAGUUUCUUUUUCCAUUUACUUCCCUUUUUAUGUGAUUUUCAUCAAAAAAUGGCAAAAAACAAGUGAUUCAUAUUUUCGGCACAGAGCACCCAUCAUGGAAGGUUGUUUAACAACUUCAGCGAGCAGUUGCUACAAAUCCUGAAGAGGUGGCUGUGGGCACCGAUCCUAAUAUUGACUUACAUACCCUAAGAUGCACCAUGCAAAGUUUGGUGCUUUUGUCCGCUCUGUAUAGAUCUCGCCAAAAUUUUGCACUAAGCCACCGGACUAUUUCCAAGAAACUGAUCAAAUGGUUUCCGAUUUUAGUCUAGACUAGGGCGGAAACCGGGAAUUGCCACACGAAAAUAUAAGAAAAUCAAAUCGGUUUUGUUUUGGCUAGACUGUACUAGUGACCUCAGUAGUUCCUGGAAAACAGCUACUCUAGGAUAGGGGAGAUUUGGGGAGUUUAGUAUAGUAUAGGGUAGGAAAAUCUGCUGAACUAGCUCUGGUAUAGGCUAAGGGUUCCAGGGUCCCCCAAAAUUCCUAAAGUAUCCCCCGGGUUCGCAGUCUACUAACCUGAUGGAUAAAUGUCCACUUCAUAUUUCGUUCAGUUGUCAAGUGUCCCGCCCUACCAACACCUUACAAUGGUACCCGUCAGGGAUGCUCAGGCGCAUCCACAGAAACCUACAACACUGUCUGCCAGUUUUCCUGUCAUCCCGGUUUUGUCAGUUUGGGCUCCUCAUCUAGGACAUGCCUUCAGAACGGAAGUUGGAGUGGCCAAGAUUUUGUUUGCCAAGGUAAGAAUAUUAUUAGCGCAUUCGGCAUAAGCUUUCGUUAAAUUUAUGACGCUGGAAAUUUAGGGACUGGUCAAAAAGUAUAGGGGGGGGUGGGCCGGAGCAUAUGGAAAUGUGGUUGAUAAAAAACACAUGACCCACCCCCUCCCUUCGGCACAAAAAUGACUGACCCACCCCUAAAGCAAGGUUGGAAAUUGCAUGACCCACCCCCUAGUUAAAACAUGGAUGUUUGGUUUCCUCUAAGGCCAUCCCCUUUUUCCUCUUCGUUUACCGUCGAAUGCGUUUCCUGAUAUUGGGUCGGUCGGUCGGAUUGAUAAAAAAAAAACUUUAAAAAAAAUCACAAGAAGUCUCGGAAUAGUGGGCCCUGGUACCCCAGGACGACGUUUAAAGUUAACAUUCACAUAUUUGGGUCGGUCGGACGACGGUAAACGGAGAAAAAAAAGAGGAUUGCCUAACCUUGUUCUGUGCUUGACAAAAUUUGUUUAUACACUGCUACAACUCGGAUCAAAAUCACAGAAAUCAUACCUUUCACUGAAAAGACAAAUGUGAAAAACCGAACAUUUCUUGUUUCGAUGGACGUUAUGAGUCUUGACACAAAUAUACAGCAAAACGAGGGUAUAUUGAAAUUGUCUGUCACAACGCAUAUGAAAAUUUCUACAAAGACAACCCAUUCCUACACAUUACUUGCCGGAAAUUCUUAGAUUAAUCCUCAAAGAAAAUAUCUUCCACCUCAAUGGAAAGCACUACCUACAAAACCAUGGAACUGUAAUGGGCACAAAGACAGCAGUUUUGAUUCCUUUGCCAUUAUUUUCAUGACAUAUAUAAUAUAUUGAAACAACAACUCUAAGCAAAACUGUCUUUAGAACAACAGUUUGGAAAUGCUACAUACACGAUGUCUUUUCCCUAUGGGACAUGAGUAAACCAGACAUCGAAGCCUUCAUUGAACAAGCAAACUUACAUCACCCAACUAUUAAAUUCAUGGCCGAAACAUUUGACACUGAGAUGCAGCGUUUUUAGACACGGUUGUAUACAAAGGCACAAGAUUCAAGAAAAAUCUAUCCUUGAUGCAAAGACACAUUUUAAACAAACGGAAACCUUCUUGCACACACAUUUCACCUCGUGUCACCCUCCAAGUGUUAAAAAAGGAUUUGUCAAAGGAGAAGCCUUGAGAAUCCUACGAAAAAACUCCUCAGAAACAACCUUUGAGGAAAAUAAUUCAAAAAACGCUUGAUGGACGGAGGCUACCCACAAACUUUGAUAGAAGACCUACUAUCAGAAAUAAAAUUCACAAAAACGAGUCUAAACUCCUUAAACAAAACCUACAAGGAGGAAAAAGAUUUAUUGCCAUUUGUGACACAAUACCAACCCUCAGUGUCUACUAUAAAGGAAGCUUGAAUAAUAAAAAUGGAAUCUUAUACAAAGCCAACCAUAACUUUAAUAAAUUUUUAAAGAACCACCAAUCAUCUCCUUACAAAAAAGGAAAAUCAUUAAAGGAGAUGCUUGUUAGAGCCAAAAAAAAAAGGUUAACAAAGGGUUCACGGGAUGUGCGGUCUGUCACCCGUUGCAUUUUCUCGCACAACAGGUUUGUGAGUAUUUUAGCAAUAAUUCCAGCUGGCUGUGUUUUAUAUAACAAGUGUGGUCAACUGUCUCGUUAGUACAGUUAGUGCUUAUUUAUGUAAUAAAAUAGGGUGACCCACCCCCUAAGGGUAGCUGCAAAUUGCACGACCCACCCCUUGCACAAGGCUCAAAACCUCAUGACCCACCCCCUCUCUGCUCCGGCCCACCCCCCCUCCUAUACUUUUUGACCAGUCCCUUAGCAAGAGUGUAGUAAUUGAAGACAACCAAAGAAGCCUGCAGUCCUAAUCUAUAAAAGAUUGCUAUUACGCAUGUGCGGUAAGUAUGUAGCCAGCACUUGUUUGGGCUUCUACUAAGAAAAAAGGAAAAACGCAUAGAACGCAAUCUAAUCACGCGCCUUUGGACCUUCUAUCAAGCGAAGCUUACGCAAAGCACAGCGAUUGAAUUUCACUUCCUAACCUUUGGUUAAUCAAUACUAGUUUAAAUUGUUUCUUCGGGUCAGACUUACAAUCCUGCAAGUUAUCCCUUCUCUUUGCGAAAACAAUUAAACACAAAACGGAAGACAUCUAAGAAAUUUAAGAUCUAGCAAACUUCAACUACAAGUGGAAACGUUUAAGACAAAUCGGUAUGAUACGUUAAAGGAGCUAACACUGUAUUAUGUCCUCUACACGAAUUUGCAAUUGAAGGAACCCUUAAAAUAUCAGGUAAAAGCGACCUUCUGAGCAUGAAUAAAUGGUAAAGCAUGGUUUAGGCUGGAGACCUGAUUGGCAUAAUUUGCCCAUUUUGUGUCUUUAAUUUUUUUUUGCCUUGUUUGCAGUGCAUCAGAUGUCAUUUAACUAUCACAAGUAUGUAAAAAAAUUUCUUUUUUUUUUCUACAUGUCAGCGGUCAUUUGUCCCCCUCUGGUGACUCCACCCAAAUCCCUUUUGCUGACCCCUUCCUGUGGAAGUACUUAUGGAUCAGGUUGCCGAUAUUCCUGCCAAAGUGGUUAUACUAGCUUCACCGGAAAUGUCACAAGAACGUGUUUGCUGAACGGUCAAUGGAGUGGAAAUAACAUAAACUGCACAGGUUGUUACAUAACAGAAUGUAAUCCUAGACAAUUUUGCCUGGAUCAAAGCUCUUAUAGCUGAACAAAAGUCAUUCAAACUAAAGCAACGGCUAAACUAGUUUACUUGGAAGCCCAAUUUAAAAACCAUCAUUUUCCAGUAACGCUUUCCGAUUUCCCACCACGAAAGAACAGAGCAGUUUUCUUAUUUUAUAAUUCAUAAUAUGAUCUCAUUAUUUUGUUAGCUUGGUUCAUGAUUGACAUGUUGUCAAGGCCUGUUCUAAUGGUAUUUAUUUUAGGCAAUUUGUUUUCUUCUUUCUAAAGACACUCAACCCCCAAACUUUGGUGCAACAUGCCCGGCAAAAACAUUGUUAGCCUAUGCCGAGAGAGAAAUGCUUUCUGCCCUGGUGAACUGGACCCAGCCGGUUGCCACUGACAACUCAGGAGUUGUCAAAUCAGUGACGUCAAAUUACCAGUCGCCAACAAGGUUCAGUCAAGGAACUCACUUGAUCACCUACACAGCUGUGGACCAAUCAGGAAACAUAGCCAACUGCGCGUUUUCAGUCAUCAUUUUAGGUAACAAAGACUGUAUCCAAUAAUAUUCAUUAGCUCCGUUUAAUUGUUCUUUGUCCGUCAGCGUGUGCAGUCCACUGCACUUCCUGAGGUUUCGACCUGGGGCAUUUCAGACCGCUCGAAGUUAAAACUUUGGAUUUACGUGCUAUAUCUGUGACUGAAUUAACUGAGGGCCCUUACCCUUGAAUACGCUUAGUUAACGUUUUGUUUGACUGUCGUUUUGUCUUAUUCUAGGUGUUUAUCAACAGCAAUAAUAGUGAUAUCCCUUUUGUAUCUCUUGUUGGUUAGUGAUCAAUUGCACAUCUCUACGAGUUAGUCCUGGAGGUCCUUUACAAAUGGACAGUUGUGGUGAUCAUUAUGGCUCAAGGUGUAACUUCUCCUGUGCCGUUGGAUACCGUUUGAAUGGGUCUUCAACGGUGACAUGCAAUGCCCCUGGUAACAGCCCUCCGGGAGUCUGGGACAGUCCUAUUCCUGUAUGCCAGGGUACGUUUUCAGGGUACAAUAUUGAUGUCGUGCUUUUCAUCUCUAUUUCAAUAUGGAAGCAAUAGACGCUUGGAAACCAUUUAAACCGUUUUCAUGGUAGGAUGCUGACGUCAUGCUGUUCAUCUCUAUUUGAAUAUGUUAUACGGAUAGUAGAACUGUGAGCAGAGCUUUCUUUCCCGCUUUCACGGCUUCUAGCAUUUAAGAAGUCCUUGGACUAAUAAGCCAUGCGAACGACUGCAUAAAAGUUCGCAUGGUAGCUCGACACCCACCCUAUUCGGUUUACUCCGCAAACUAGUGUUCUGUAUAAUCCUUUUUUCAAAAGUAUCAGACGAGUGUUUAAAAUUUAUUUCUUCAUUAGAAAUUACCUGCCCAUCUUAUCCAGAUCUAAUCAAUGGAAUAAAACGUGGCUGUACUGACCCAGUGUCCGAACGCUAUAGCGCAAUUUGUAGCUUCUCUUGUAAUGUUGGCUACAAUUUGACCGGCUCGUCAAGGAGACAGUGCCUGGAAAAUGGAACGUGGAGUGGGGUGGCUCCAACUUGUCAAGGUAAGUAUUAUGACACCGCUCAUAGAGGAGGUAUUUCUUACGAUGACAAAAUUGGCUAACUUAACUAAAUUAAACGCUGUAGGGGAGAGGUUUUUAUCAUAAAUAUUGUCCUUUGUAUUCCUCAAUUUGUGGGGGUGGGCGUUCUACCCCGAGUUAAAUUGACAAAAAUAAAGCCUUCUCCUGGGUAGUGUGCCUCAAAUUUUUGACUCACACAUUCGCAUGUCAUUCAGUUAACGCGUUCAUGUUGAUUCAGAUAUGAAACUUUCCCAGUGGUGGGUGUUGUUAUGGAAGGCAUUUUGAUACUAAAGUAGUGACUGCUUUUUCACGACACUGCACUCACACAUCGGCUGCACGGCCUGUAGUAGGAAAGUAAAUUACAGGCGGCGAAUGUAUUAAGCGCGACGCUUUUUUGUGGACGCUUUUUGUUUUCUGAAUAAAGUAAUGCUACGUCGGCCAUUUUGAAGUCGCGCUGAAAGGCUGGGACGAUGUUGUCUCAAAUUGCGUUGUGGGACUGUUUUGGGGACUAUUUUUGAUCCAGUUUCCUUCGCAACUGCAGUCGCCAAGAGAAUAAACUAGAUAAACAAUCCCAUGGUGCAAUUCGACACAACAUCGGCCCACUCUCAAUCUCAAAAUAGCCUAUGAAGGAAAUUUUUUUUUUUUCUUAAAUCACAUAUUGCAGUGGUAAACUGCAGUGCAAUCACGCCUCCUGCAAAUGGUGCGGUGUCUCCACGUUCGUGUUUAUCAAGAAGCACUUACGGCCAGUCCUGCAGUUUUUCCUGCAAGACAUCAGGCUACGUUCUAGAGGGCACUUCGACAAGGGUAUGUGACAAGAACGGAAAGUGGACUGGGAACAAGGACACUUUUUGUCGAGGUAUCCGGAGUAAUUUCUUCUUUAACUGUUACACUACGAAAACUUUUUUUUUGCUUUUAACCUGUUGCCAGGUUUUUUUAUUGUUAUUAUUAUAGAAUUUUUUACAGCGGUUGCAAAAAAUAAUAAUGAAAUAAAAUGAAGAAAAAUUAGAGAAAAAAUUACAGUAAAUAAAACUGCAUGUAAGCCGAGAGCCGAGGAAACGAAGCAUUAAUCACUACUUUUAACAUCAUUACUACGCUAAACAAAAACACAAGUUAACACACCUACAUCGCUAUACACUAACACUAAAUACUAAACACUAGACACUAGGCAAGCGUCACUUGAAGAAACAAAUAAGAAAAGCUACAUUGGUGGAAAUUGUUGUCGGUGAAGCGUGGUGAUAGCUAAAGUUCCAUCAACAGCAGUAGAGGUUCCCAUUUUUUAUUGUGGAAGUGGAGUUUGUUAUUUUUGUUCACAAUGAAACGUACUAUUUGGUAUGUUUUUUGCAUUUUGCAAAUAAAAGGCUAGUCGAGAGGGAUGAUAUAUUUUGAACAAAAAAUAAAGAUAUUUACUCUCGAGAAUAAUAUAAUUAGCAAGAAUACUGUCAUCAUCAUCCCAGCAAAAAUGGCCAAAUAACCUAUCCUUAAUGUCGAAGUUGGUUGAGACUAGGUCUUGCGAUUUAAGAAUAGUGUUAACCUCAUUCCAGAAAGUGUUAACCUUUUCGCAGUGAAAGAGGAAAUGUUCUAGUGUCUCUAAUUCUUCAUUGCAGAAGUAGUGUAAUAGAGUUUUAGAUAAAACAAAUUUGAACAACAUGACAUUUGUGUAACAGAUUCUAUGAAGUAUUUUGGAUUAAAACUCUCUUAACUUUGUGUCCAGCGUUAUUUUGAAAAAUAAUGAGUACACUCUUUCCCAAUCUAACUGAAAAAUCUCUGCAUAAAUCUUUAAGAUGCAAUUAAAAACUGUCCCAAAUCGUUGAAGAGAUUUAAAAAGCAAGUCCAAACUCAGGGAGUCAAAAGCCUUCUUAAAGUCUAUGGCGGACAUUAUCGCUUCAUAUCCCUCCAUUUCCGUAUAAUCCAUGACGUCGCUUAUUAUUCCAACGGCAUCAAAAAUCGUUCUUCCUUUCACGAAAGAUUUUGGUCCUGAUGGACUACAUAUGGCAGGACUUUUCCUAAUCUCUUUGCGAUCAGCUUUUGAGCCUAUUUUAACGCCUACGUUUACUAGAGGUAUCGGCCUCCAAUUUUUGAUAACUCGUCAAUCCCUGUCUUUCUUCUCUAUGAGGGUUAUUAUAGCUUCUUUCUGCGAGGUUGAUAACUCCCCAUGAAUGUAAGAGUAGUUCAAUGAUUCGACCAGUAAGUAACCUAUUUCUGGCCAGAAAAAUUUAUAAAACUCAGCUGAGAGUAAUAACUUGCCUUUAUUUAUUUAACCGUUAUUUAUCUCUAUAGUAAGUGAGAUUAAAAAUCGAUGUACGUAAAAACUAAAUAGCAUCAAAAAGGACCUAUCCCAUUUAAGCAAAAUCUUUACAGACAACUACCACAGGUUUACUGUUCCAUGGACUCGAAUAAAUUAGGAAGAAGUGAAAGACAUAUAAGACAUAAAUCUCGCUUAAAACUGUCUAUGCGCAUCCUUCUCUUGUUUUCUUUAUUAUUAUCCUUAAAUUUAACAUGAUCUUUGUCGAAACAAAAUCUGGUUGUUUUCAGACAAUACGCCUCCUUCUUUUAACGGCAGUUGUCCAAGAAACAUGGUCGUUUCUGUUCCUAAGUGUUCGUCCAGUACUUUGGUCUCGUGGAAUGAACCAAUAGCAAGAGAUAACUCUGGUGACAUGACCUUAAGCUACUCAGCAGUGCGUCCUCCAGCCAAUCUAAGUAUUGGUCUGCAUUAUGUUCACUAUUCUGCAGCAGACGCCGAGGGAAACAGAGCAAACUGCAGCUUUGUGGUGCAAGUCAUAAGUAAAUAUACCCAUCAAUAAUUCUUUUAUUAUCCCUUCAAAAUAACUCCAAGUUUAAAAACAAGCUAAAACAAGCUAACCUCGGUCGAUGUAAGUUCAUAUCGAUAAUGCAUCUUUAUCGGGAAGUUCAGGAGAUUAAGGUCUGCUCAGGUCUGCAAAUAUACUCCAAAUAGCAGAUGUUGUCCUUUGAGUUGUCUUCUUGCUGUUCUUGCGAUGUUUUUAAACAAUAUUUCGCCGUGAAACGAGUAAAACGUUCCGAAACAGUUCCUCCAUUUUGUUCUAACUACCAAAACAACUUAAUCUCGUCCCCAGGUUUUCUUGGUCAACGGUUCAAUAAUCUGCAACCAGGCUGCACUUUUGACGUCAUUUUGAUGUCUUCGGUUCAAGAUGAUAAAAUUCUUUCCAAAUUUGGUCAACAACGGCUGGUUAUAGCGAAUUAUGCGUGUGGUUUUAACCAAUCAGAAACAGGGAAAUAUUUUGAAUGGAUAAUAAUGCCAUUUAUCGAUAUGUAGUUGCUUCAAUUGCUUAUGACUCCUAUCUUACACAAACGUGCUCACCGCCUACACUACUCCAUCAUGGAAGAUAAAUAUCCCUACAGCAGGCCACUGGCACGCUCAAACAAACUAUUUAAAUAUUUUAUAGUGUGUAAGGGAUUGCAUGGCAACAUCAAUAUCACCUUUCGGGGAAAUGUGGGGAGGACAGGAAGGCGGGAUAUCGGGAGAAUAAGGCCAGGAGGGAUACGGAAAGCGGGAGAGGAAAGAGCAGUAGGAAGAGUUUUAAAACAUCGGAAUGCGGGAUAAAUAGGGGAGAAUUACGCAUUAAUGCUUAGUAUUUUGCGAUCUAAAGAGGGCUAAAGGGAGGAAUCCAAGAAUAAAAGGGCAUAACCCGGGAAUGUAACAUGUCCUCCUGCUGAAAUGACCUCAUACUUAUGAGAUGCCCACAGAAAUCAAGUUUACGGUCUUGUAAAGACGUAGUAAUUGAUGGAAUGUGUUUAUAAAGUCCUUACUUGGUCAAAAAUCUUUAAAUGAAAUAUUUAAGGCUGAUCUAAGGAGCCUUGUACAACAGUCAAUCCAUAUCUCAUCGUUCCUCUUGGGACAAUGUCUCUAUGUCUGUGCAGCAUUCAACCCCUCAGUAAGGUACCUGCAACAUACAUUAAUAAGCUAUAUGUUUAAAGUAUUUUGUGUUCAUUUUCGCAGAAAGGUCGUGCCUGGUCCUUCAACCGCCAUUAUAUGGCGCCAUAACUUCUCUUUCAUGUGGAUCUGCCUACGGUUCUCAAGCUAUUAUCGCUUGUAACGAGGGACAUCGACAGGUUGGCUUACGAAUUCGGUCAUGUGAAGCAAAUGGUACUUGGUCAGGCAAUACAACUACCUGUGAAAGUAAGAACCUUAAGAAAACACAGCAUCUGUCUCGUCCCCAGUCAUCUAUCACAACCUCUCCUCGUGGCGCGCGGGGUGUGAUGUGAAGGAGGAAAAAGAGAGAGAGAGAGUCUUCCAGUCACCUCUUCUCCCUUCCCAUUACCCCCUGCUCCCGCCGCGCGUCACGCGUAGACCACUGGGGACGAGUCAGACACAGCAUAUCCUUUGCAAUAAAUUAAUUGCAACUCAUACUUUACUUUGACAACUGAUAACGGUUCCUAAACGAACUCAGUUGUUGAUGCAUUAAUUUACGCCGAUGAUAAGGCGCCAUGAUGCACGUUGAUCUUUGUGUAACAUUUAAACAGUAACAACAAUUUUUAAAAAUGUUUUUGAUUGUCAGUGGGUAUUCUAAGUGUGUAGACGAACCAUCACGAACACUUGCUUUCCAGCCCACUUCUUCCGGGCCUCGCUGAGAGCUGGUAAAGUAAACUGAUCUAAAAAACCAAGUCACAAAUAAAUUUCUGAUCGUAUUCCUGAAACCGAGGUUUUUUUCCUAACUGUCAAUGUUAUAUUCUAGCUCUUUCAUUUUUUCAUACAGAAACUAAAAUUAUGAAAAAAUGAAUAAAACAAAGAAACACUUCUUUAGUCGAAUUCCCUUCUUUAGUUCGUCGGCUUCUAUUUUGGUACAAUAAACGGCAAAAAGCCUGGUAAUGGCCGUUUUUAUACUAGACGACGCAUUAUCCGUCAAUCAGUGACAUCGUCCUAAGUAUAAAAACGGCCAUAGACGCAUUAUCCGUCUGGACGAACUUGGGCAAAUUUUUUGUAUUUCGUCUGGUUAUGCGUCUUAAGUAUAAAGACAAGCACAAGAUGCAUUAUGCGUCUGGGCGAACUUUCCUUCGAAAUACGUCUUGAACGACGUACUACGAAAGGUAGUUCCUCUGGACGCAUAAUGCGUCUUGUGCUCUUCUUUAUACUAGAGACACAUACCCAGACGAACUACAAAAAGUUUGCCUAAGUUCGUCCAGACGGGUAAUGCGUCCUUAGUAUAAAAACGGCCAAUGUGAUUAAACGUAUUUCUUGGAAUUAUUUUCUAUCUAGUUGUUAAGUGCCCUUCCAUCAAAGCUCUGGCCAACGGAAAAAUCAGCCCCGCUCCCUGCAGUCUUUCUGGGGGAGUAAGUUAUAAGACACGUUGUUUUCUACAAUGUGAUGUCUCAAACGGGUAUCAACUUGAGGGUCCCACGCAAGUAUCUUGCCUUGCAAAUGGCUCUUGGAGUGGAAACAUUAGCAAUAUUACCUGUAAAGGUAAGUACCAAAAGUGCUGCUGAUAAUGACUUAAAAUUGGACUUUUUUAAAUGUAGAAUCUUGGAUCAUCUCCUUUGCUUUAUUGCUUGAACCUUAGGUUGCACUGGCACAAGUACUUAGCGUACUGAUACACUUGAACAAACGUUUUUUCCCAUCUGUGAAAAUAACUAUGUAGUUUUGCUUUUAUACUACUACAUGAGAAAUUUCUGCAAUUUGAUUAGCCUAGAGCAGUGGCAUUUCAGCUUAAUUUGAAAUACCUGCAUGUGAAAAUUACCAAACCUUUGCGGGUAGUAAUAUAAAUAAAUAAUAGCAUGAUUGAUUUGUACCUGAUAUUUGGCUUAAAUACCACUCGUGAUAUUUCAAAAUUGUCUCAAAUUUCACUCCCCUAACGGCUCGUGAAAUUACGUAUAACAUUUCGAAAUAUCACGAGUGGUAUUUAUGCCAAAUAUCACUACAAAUCAUGCUAUUACCUAUACUUAUUUCUAAAUACGUAACUACAACAGAAAAAAGAAAAAAUUGCUCUUUUAACAGAUAUUCAACCUCCCAGCAUUCAAUGCCCACCUAACAUGGAGACUCCCACAGCCGCUGGGAAAUCAUACGCAAUAGUCACGUGGCAGGUUCCAGUUCCAACCGACAACUCUAAAGGACCCUUGAAUCUUAGUGGCCUACUUCCUCCACAGCGAAUGAAUGUUGGCACAAACUUAAUCAGAUACGAUGUCACUGAUUCGGAAGGGCUUAAAGUGGACUGUGUUUUCUCCAUUCGAGUUAAAGGUGAACUUAGUUAAACACAUUUUGCGCCUUAUAAAAUAACAUUUGUGAUACUCCUUAAAACAAGGUUAAGUUUUAUGUUGGGAAAACUUGUCGUUGUUGUUUUGUUUUGUUUUUUUUUGUUCACACUUUUUUUUUAUCUUUGUGGUCUAAGGGUCUAUAACAGAUGGAGAAAAAACCAGGCCCUUGGUCUAGUCGGAGAGGUCCGAACUCUUAUGAAUAUAAAUGUCUUACGGGCGAAUUCCUUUUUGAAAUGAUCACCAACUUUCAUCUUGUAGCUUAACAAUGAAACUUGCGAUGCGAGUUGCCUCUCACUGGACGUGACAAAAUCUGGACAAAUCUGUUUUAACACCUUACAAGGAAACCAAUAUGGCGGACGUCACGUCAUGUGAAAACAUGCCGUCAUUUUUCGAUUAACAAAAUAUUCUGGCUCCACCUCUGAGAUUCCAUUGCAGGGCAGAUUUGUUGAGAGUUGAUUGUAUUUUCCAAACGUUAUGUAUUUACAUGAACAGAUGUAGAACUCCCCAAGAUUGGUCCCUGUCCUGGUGAUAUCAAGAUUAUAUCAACAGCCAGAUGGCAGAAGCUCGUCCUGCCGUCAGUUAAUGUCACAGAUAACGUGGGUGUGGAGCUCUUCUCAACAAAUAUUAAAAAUGGAAGCGAGGUGACAUGGGGAGACUAUAAAGUCACUUACAAAGCACUAGACAAAGCAGGAAAUGCUGCGCAGUGUAGAUUCCUUUUCACUAUAGCUGGUAGGUAAUCCUUAUGCAGUAAUUUUCAAGGAGCGGCUAUAGCUUAGGUGGGAGGGGGAGGGGAUGAUAUUUCCAGAAAAUCCGCGUAGUACGCUGUGUGUUUUUGGAAACCUUGUUUUUAUUUUUGACCGAAGUAAAUUAUGUAUAACAUUUUCUUCGUCGUUUAAAACCUAUACCGAAAUUCCAUAAACUACUCGAUCCAAACCUGACCUUAAAAGCCCGUACACUCUGAUACAUGAUUCCAUCUACCUAGCAAAUAAUUUGGUUUGCGUCCACAUUUAAGAAGUUCUUCAAUUAUUAAUGUUGCGUCUCUUAUGAGCUCUUCCUAAUUCUUCACGUCGGUUCCAGUCCAGUGGGACUUACCUAAUCCCAUUUAAGAGAAACACAAUUUAAGCCCAAUAAAGCUAAUUGAGCAUACUUUUUGGCACUGCACAUCUACAUAUAUAGCUCACUCAAAAGAGAGACCAGUUGAUAAAUUACACUUUUCUCUAAAACGAACGAAUGAUAUCAGUCAUAUCAUUAACUAAUUAUAAUUUCCAUUAUUUAUUACAAAAGAUUCACCAUGUGAAGAGCUUGCGCCACCUAAGAAUGGAGCCAAAGCGUGUGAAACGUGGAUGGCUGGACUUACGUGCUCGGUGCAUUGUAAUAACGGAUAUGGAUUUGCGAACCAACCUCGUCCCGUAUAUAUCUGUAGCCCUACCACUGGAGAAUGGUUUCACGCAAGAACAAACAAAGGAAAGAAACCGUCCCUUCCUGAUUGCUCAAGUAAGGAAAUGCAUUUGAAGAGUCAACUCUCUUUAAGAUAAACUUGACCGUUGUGACCGGAGACUGGACAACAGCAGGGAUCAACUUUAGGGGUACUUAACAUUUACAUAGGGAAAGCCGGAAAUACCGAUCCCUUUGAAAAAUCUACUUUUGCGCGCCAUUCCGUUUUGGGAAGCUCCAAGCUUUCCACUCUUUUUAGGGUUUUCAGCCGAUAUGGAUAUACUUUGUAGCGGAUCGUUUUCCCAUGAUGUAAAAUUUUAUAAUUUUCUGUUUAAAGUGGUUUUUGUAAAUGGUGAGCACCCCUGGUGUCCUAUUUUAGAGAGAUGUUCGUCUGAUAGAAGCUUCCUUUAAGAGAGAGUUGCCUUUAUUAAUCUUAACCGUAUAUAUGAAGAAAAGCGACCUGAAUUUGAGAACAAUAGGUGUUUUUUUGUAUUUUUAUUUUUGAUCUGCUCUUGCCUUGUAAGGACAAAAACGAUCAACGUGAAACAACAUCAUCUUGUAACUUUAGCCUUAUCGCAAAACUGAUGGGCUUAAUGUCUACUAAAAUCAAGGAACCUAGCUUAAACGCAGUAUUUACUUUCCAUAAAGGCGCCUACGUUACAGGUAAGCAAUUAACAUAUGAAUAUCGGUUUACUCAACAAGGGUAACCAAAGACAUUCGAAAAGUUGGACGGUUAAUGAUCACUUGGGUGCCCCACCUCAUUAAGUUUGUUGCGUCGUAACCCAUUAAUUUUUUAAAUUCUUUUUCUCCAUAAUAGAGAUACACAUACCCAAAAGUGCUUUGUGGAACGGGCAAUACCACUAUCUCACUGACAAAUGCGGCGGAGAAGAAAUGAGAGAGGAGAUCGCAAGGAACUUCAUAGAAGUUUUAAUGAGAACAACGUUUGGCCGUGCUGGAGCUUGUAGUGACGUCUCUCAGUGUAAUGUUCAAAACGUCAAGGUCGAAUGUGGCGUUACAACUCGUCGAAAAAGAUCAGAUACGACUAGUAACCAGAAUACGACGACCAUUCCUAUGACUGUUAGCUUUUCGCUGCAAAUUCCCUUACCUAGCCAUCUCAACACAUCUGUGGAUAUAAACCAGACAUCUGUACAAAUUUCGAAGGAAAUACUAAAUGUUCUGAACAAAGUCGAUAUGACUUUGAAUGUCGGUGGAAUCGUUAUACGUACAGAUCCUUCAAAACCUCCGCAGAUUCAGCUCUCUCGUCUGGUUUGUGAAGAGGGGCAAGUUCAGAGUGGAGUUAUGUGUGGUAAGGAGGACCGGUCCAAUAAUUUAUCUUUUUCAAUUCAAUUAAUCGGGUACUGAGUUUAAUUUAUUAUUAUGUUUCAGCCGCAGCAUUUAACGCCUCGUACGAAAUCUUUUCCGGCAAAUCCCAAAAUUUCGUCCCUAGAAUUCCUAGCCAACAAAAUAUUCCCAAGGGCUCUAAAUGGGAAGUUUGAUUCUAUCAAUAUAGUCUGUCCAAAGUUAGUUAAGUUAAUUUCUAACGAAAAGGAGGAAUGACCUGCGUACUUUGAAUGUAAUUGAUAAUUAGGCAGGGAAUUUUUACGAAGCUUGACCCAUUGCAAAUAACCAGUUAAGUUUUCUUUUCUAGGAGAUUGGAAGCAUUUAAUAAAGAGUGUGUCGCUGUGUUUUAUGGUCGAAGUAGUAAUAAUGACAUUGACUUUCUUUAUCUUAAAAACCAGUUAACUGUCCCAUUGGAUACUUUUUCGAUGGCACAAGCUGUCAAGCAUGCGCAGUAAACCAAUAUCAGGAUCAAGAGGCCCAGACUUCCUGUAAAUCAUGCCCCUCCGGAACAUCAAGUUCCGGUCAGCAAGCAUCAAAGAAAUUGCAAGACUGUCAAGGUUGA